AUGUAUGUUAUCUACUUCGCACUCGCUUGUCAAGUCGGGGCCAAGAGAGUUCACUGGCACUCGAAGACUCUAGCCGACGGGGUCAUUGCCGCACGACUGGUUUCCGACAUGAAGCAGUCACUUUGGAGAAUAUUCUUUUUGAUUCCUAUUUGCCUUUGCUUGUUACAAAAGAUAACUCAAGCUUUCAAUACUCUUGAUUUAUCACCAGAGGUAAUUCAACUUAGAGAAAGUACAAGUCAAGGUAGUCAACUUUCAGAGAAAGAACCCCAGAAUAGUCGUAAUAUUAGUAUAGUCGGUAAUGACUUCCUUUUGGAUGGUAAGCGUAUCCACAUAAUGUCUGGGUCUCUCCAUUACUUCCGACUACCCUCAGAGUAUUGGAGAGACCGACUGCGAAAACUCAAAGCUGCUGGUCUAAAUACUGUAUCAACAUAUGUAGAAUGGAGUAGUCAUGAGCCAGAAGAAGGCUCGUACAGCUUUGAAGGAGACAAUGAUAUUAGCCGAUUUAUUCAAAUAGCCGCAGAAGAAAACCUACAUGUGCUUUUAAGACCAGGACCAUAUAUAUGUGCUGAAAGGGACUUGGGAGGUCUGCCGUACUGGUUACUAAGUAAAUAUCCAAACAUAAGGUUACGAACUACUGACAAAGAUUUUAUUGCUGAAAGUAAAAAGUGGAUGGCGAAACUUUUUUCUUAUAUCAAACCAUUAUUAUAUGGAAACGGUGGUCCAAUAAUAAUGGUACAGGUGGAAAAUGAAUACGGUAGUUACAGCACUUCAAAAGCUUAUAUGACACAGAUUCGCGAUAUAAUAAAAGAGCAUGUGGGCGAUAGUGCUCUACUAUACACAACAGAUGGGCCAAGUCGAUCAUACUUUUAUGAUGGGUCAGUCCCCGGGACACUUACCACUAUAGACUUUGGACCUACAAGUAGUGUAUUAGAUAUGUUUAAAGCACUUCGCACGUUCAUGCCAGUGGGUCCUCUCAUGAAUUCUGAGUACUAUCCGGGAUGGCUCACGCACUGGGGUGAGAGUUUACAGCAAGUAUCUACAGAGCGUGUAGUUUUCACACUCGAGGAUAUGAUCAACAACAGUAUUCAUUUCAACUUUUACAUGUUUUUUGGGGGCUCCAACUUUGAAUUUACUUCAGGAGCUAAUUAUGGCAGUUAUUACCAACCUGAUAUUACGUCUUACGAUUACGAUGCACCUUUGUCAGAAGCUGGAGAUCCGACACCGAAAUAUUACGCCAUUCGCGACGUCCUACAGAAAUAUGAUUUAGUACCGAAACAUCUGUCAACUCCUUUGCACUCGAAAAAAGGGGCGUAUGGGGAAAUUAAACUCAGUGCUAAAAUCAACCUUUUGAGUACUGAAGGGCGAUCAAAGCUUGGUGUGAAAUACAAAGAUAUACAAGGAAUUGAUUUACCAACAUUUGAAAAGUUGCGGCAACGCAGUGGACUUGUACUGUAUGAAACGACGUUAAAUGAAACAGAUGGCAUUUUGACAAUAAAUGAACCUCGCGAUUGGAUUAUCGUGUACAUUGACAAUAAACUGCAAGGAGUUAUAAAUAGAAUGCAGAAGCUAUAUACACUCAAUAUAAAAGCGCAACAAAACGCUGUGCUGUCGUUGCUCGUAGAGAAUCAAGGACGUCUUAAUUAUGGCGAUAGGAUUCAUGAUUUUAAGGGUAUAUUAAGUCCAAUAUCUUUAGACAGUAAAAAUGGAAACAACAGAUCAACAGUUAAUUUGGAAGGGCCAUGGACAAUAACUGGUUAUCCAUUAGAUGUAAAAAAAUAUGUAGAUUUAACAAGUCCUAGCUCUGUCUUAAGCCAAGUUAAGAUGGGGGAAGGUCCAAUACUGUAUGAAGGAGUACUAGUACUACCAGAAGGAGAAUCCCCGCUCGACACAUUUAUUGAUACUACAGGCUGGGGAAAGGGCUACGUAUUUGUUAAUGGCCAUAAUCUUGUUGAACCUAAAAUAUUGAAUUUAAAGGAGGAAUUUUAUCCUCUAAGCAUGGAUGACGAAGAGUUAAGUUGUAAAGUCGGACCACCAUGCAGCCUCAUACUAGCCGAUGGUUCGGUCUUCCAAGGAAGGAGUUUUGGUGCUCAAGUACCAAUGGAGGGAGAAGUUGUUUUUCAAACGGGUAUGGUAGGAUAUCCAGAGUCCUUAACUGACCCUUCUUAUCACGCACAGCUGUUGGUACUUACGUAUCCAUUAAUUGGCAAUUACGGCGUUCCCGAUGAAAAUGAAUACGACGAAUUUAACUUGCCAAGAUGGUUUGAAUCGAACCGAAUUUGGGCAGCUGGCCUUAUAGUUGGUCAGAUUAGUACUCAUGCAAGUCAUUGGCGUGCUCGAAAAUCCUUAGGAAAUUGGUUGGCGUCCAAAGGAGUACCUGGAAUUUGUGAAAUCGAUACUCGAGCCCUUACAUUUCGGCUUCGAGAAGGCGUUACUUUAGGAAGAAUCAUUCAAGGCGUGGCUCCUUUUGGCCCAUUACCACCACUUAAAGAUCCUAAUGCGAGGAAUUUAGUAGCUGAAGUAUCAGUAAAGGAAAUCCACACAUUUAAUCCUAAAGGUGAUGUAACAAUAUUAGCUGUCGAUUGCGGCUUAAAAUACAAUCAAAUAAGAUGUCUUAUAAAAAGAAAUGCUAAAGUCGUGUUAGUACCUUGGGAUUACAAAUUUGAUUCGAAAAAUUAUGAUGGUCUAUUUAUUAGUAAUGGUCCGGGUAAUCCUGAAGUUUGUAAGAAGGUGGUGGAUAAUUUAAAAGACGUAAUUAAAGGGGAUACUAAUGUAAAGCCAGUCUUUGGUAUAUGCCUCGGACAUCAACUACUUGCAACGGCGGCAGGUUGUAAAACUUACAAAACACGAUAUGGAAAUCGCGGUCAUAAUUUACCUUGCACGCACUCUGGUACAGGCAGAUGUUUUAUGACUUCUCAGAAUCAUGGAUUCGCUGUCGACGCAAACUCACUUCCAAAGAACUGGAAUAUUCUGUUUACGAACGAAAAUGACAAAACAAAUGAAGGAAUAAUACACAAUUCCCUGCCGUUUUUCAGUGUACAAUUUCAUCCAGAACAUACGGCAGGCCCAACAGAUUUAGAAUUUCUUUUUGAUGUUUUCAUUGAUGCAGUUAAACUAUACAAGAAUAAUAAGCCGUGUGUUAUAAAUGAUAUGAUAUGCGAAAGGUUAAAAUAUAUUCCAACACUACAAGAAAGACCAAAAAAAGUAUUAAUCCUUGGUUCAGGUGGUCUAUCUAUUGGGCAAGCAGGUGAAUUCGAUUAUUCGGGUUCACAAGGAGUUAAAGCUAUGCAAGAGGAAAAAAUUCAAACUGUUUUAAUUAAUCCCAAUAUAGCCACUGUCCAAACUUCAAAAGGAUUAGCCGAUAAAGUUUAUUUUUUACCUAUUACUCCAGAAUAUGUUGAACAAGUUAUAAAAGCUGAACGACCAACCGGUAUCCUAUUAACAUUUGGUGGACAAACAGCAUUAAACUGUGGAGUUGAAUUACAGAAGACAAAAGUAUUUGAAAAAUAUAACGUGCAUGUCUUGGGAACUCCUGUUCAAUCUAUUGUCGAUACAGAAGAUAGAAAAAUUUUUGCUGAAAAAAUUAAUGCUAUUGGGGAAAAAGUUGCGCCAAGUGCAGCUGUUUCUUCAAUAGAAGAAGCACUUGCUGCAGCACAACAAAUCGGAUAUCCAGUAAUGGCACGAUCUGCAUUUUCUCUAGGAGGUCUUGGCUCAGGAUUUGCAAAUAAUGAAGAUGAAUUGAGGAGUUUAGCACACCAAGCCCUAUCGCAUUCUGAACAACUUAUUAUAGAUAAAUCUUUAAAAGGAUGGAAAGAAGUUGAGUAUGAAGUAGUAAGAGAUGCUUAUGAUAAUUGUAUUACCGUAUGUAACAUGGAAAAUGUAGAUCCUUUAGGGAUACAUACAGGUGAAUCUAUUGUUGUUGCUCCAAGUCAAACCCUUUCAAACAGAGAAUAUUACAUGCUUCGUAAUACUGCUAUUAAAGUUAUCAGGCAUUUCGGAAUUGUAGGAGAAUGUAAUAUACAAUAUGCUUUAAAUCCUUACUCAGAAGAAUUUUAUAUUAUAGAAGUAAAUGCAAGAUUGUCGAGAAGCUCCGCAUUAGCUAGUAAGGCGACUGGUUAUCCUCUAGCAUACGUUGCUGCCAAAUUAGCGCUCGGAAUUCCUUUACCAACAAUAAAGAAUUCUGUCACUGGAGUUACUACAGCAUGCUUUGAACCCAGUUUAGAUUAUUGUGUCGUAAAAAUACCUAGAUGGGAUUUAGCUAAAUUUAAUCGGGUAAGUACAAAAAUUGGAAGUUCUAUGAAGAGUGUCGGGGAAGUUAUGGCUAUUGGUAGAAAUUUUGAAGAGGCAUUUCAGAAAGCCUUAAGAAUGGUUGAUGAAAAUGUUAAUGGUUUCGACCCCUAUAUGAAAAAAGUAAAUGAAAAUGAAUUAAGAGAACCAACAGACAAACGAAUGUUUGUUUUAGCCGCUGCACUUAAAGAAAGUUACACUGUAGAAAAAUUAUAUGAAUUAACUAAAAUAGAUCGAUGGUUUCUUGAAAAACUAAAAAACAUCGUAGAGUAUUAUAAAAUAUUAGAGUCAAUAGAUUCUGGCUCCAUCACGUGUGAGAUUUUAAAAAGUGCAAAACAAAUAGGAUUCUCAGACAAGCAAAUAGCUGCUGCAAUAAAAAGUACAGAAUUAGCUGUUAGAAAAUUGCGAGAAGAGUUUAAAAUUACACCGUUUGUAAAACAAAUUGAUACAGUUGCCGCAGAAUGGCCUGCAUCAACGAAUUAUCUAUAUCUUACAUAUAAUGGAAACACGCAUGACUUAGACUUCCCAGGCGAAUUCGUUAUGGUACUUGGAUCGGGAGUAUACAGGAUAGGAAGCUCUGUAGAAUUUGAUUGGUGCGCUGUUGGUUGUCUUCGAGAAUUAAAGAAUCAAAAUAAAAAAACUAUCAUGGUAAAUUAUAAUCCUGAAACAGUUAGCACGGAUUAUGAUAUGAGCGACAGAUUAUAUUUUGAAGAAAUUUCGUUUGAAGUUGUAAUGGAUAUUUAUAAUAUAGAACAACCUUCUGGUGUCAUACUUUGUAUGGGUGGGCAAUUACCUAACAAUAUUGCAAUGGACUUACACAGACAACAAGCUAUAAUUUUGGGCACUUCUCCCGACAUGAUAGAUAAUGCAGAAAAUAGAUUCAAAUUUUCUCGAAUGUUAGAUCGCAAAGGUAUUUUACAACCAAAAUGGAAAGAACUUACUGAUCUUGAAUCAGCAAUUAAAUUUUGUGAAGAAGUAGGUUAUCCUUGCUUAGUAAGGCCUUCAUAUGUUUUAAGUGGGGCAGCAAUGAAUGUAGCUUAUUCGAAUCAGGAGCUAGAAACGUAUUUGAAAUCAGCAAGUCAGCUUAAUAAAGACCAUCCCGUAGUAAUAUCAAAAUAUAUAUUAGAUGCGAAAGAAAUAGAUGUGGACGUUGUAGCAGCAGACGGUGUACUUUUGUGCAUGGCAGUUUCAGAGCAUGUUGAAAAUGCCGGAGUUCAUUCUGGAGAUGCUACAUUAGUAACUCCACCUCAAGAUAUCAAUAGUCAAACUUUGGAUAAAAUAAAUGAAAUAGCUAGAAUAAUUGCAGAAACACUUGAUGUUACGGGACCAUUCAAUAUGCAGUUAAUUGCAAAAGAUAACGAACUCAAAGUAAUAGAAUGUAAUGUUAGAGUCUCCAGAUCAUUUCCAUUCGUUUCUAAAACUUUAGACCAUGAUUUCGUGGCCAUGGCUACAAAGGUGAUACUUGGUAUACCUAUUGAACCUGUUAAUGUAAUGAGCGGAUGCGGAAAAGUUGGAGUCAAAGUUCCACAGUUUUCGUUCUCUAGAUUAUCUGGUGCAGAUGUAACGCUCGGAGUAGAGAUGGCAUCAACUGGAGAAGUAGCUUGUUUUGGUGAAAAUCGAUAUGAAGCUUAUUUAAAAUCAUUAAUGAGUACUGGAUUUAGAAUUCCCAAAAAAGCUAUUUUACUCUCAAUUGGAACAUUCAAGCAUAAAAUGGAACUUUUACCCAGCAUUCGGACAUUACAAAAGCUUGGAUAUAAGCUUUAUGCUAGUAUGGGUACGGGUGAUUUUUACACGGAACACGGCAUUGAGGUUGAAAGCGUCCAGUGGACAUUUGACCACAUCGGAGAUCCUGAAGAUGAUAGAUCAGAUGGUGAACUUAUGCAUUUAGCUGAUUUUAUGGCUCGAAGGGAGUUAGAUUUGGUGAUCAAUUUGCCAAUGCGAGGUGGAGCUCGCCGGGUCUCUUCAUUUAGUACACAUGGAUAUCGUACUCGCCGUCUAGCUGUAGAUUAUGCUGUUCCUCUUGUCACCGACGUGAAAUGCGCUAAACUCCUUGUAAAGGCAAUGUUACAAUGUGGCGGUGCACCACAUAUGAAGACACAUACGGAUUGUAUGACUUCACGUAAUAUAAUUAAACUACCUGGAUUCAUUGACGUCCACGUUCAUGUCAGGGAACCAGGAGCUACUUAUAAAGAGGACUUUAAUUCGUGCACUGCAGCUGCCCUUGCAGGUGGUGUAACUAUGAUAUGUGCAAUGCCUAAUACGAAUCCUCCUGUUAUUGAUCGCACUUCAUUCGAUUAUGUUUCUACCUUAGCUCGUGUCAGUGCUCGUUGUGAUUUUGCCUUAUUCGUUGGGGCCUCAACCACUAACUGUGAUACAGCGGCUGAGUUAGCCCCGCAAGCUGCUGCUCUAAAAAUGUACUUGAAUGAAACAUUCACUACUUUAAAACUUGAUGAUAUGACAGUUUGGCAACGCCAUCUUCAAAACUGGCCAAAAAAAAUGCCUAUAUGCGCUCACGCUGAGCGCGAAAAAACUGGUGCUAUUAUUCUAAUGGCAUCUUUACUUGAUAGGCCUAUUCAUAUUUGUCAUGUGGCCCGAAAAGAGGAAAUUCUUAUUAUAAAAGCAGCUAAAGAAAGAGGUCUCAAAGUAACCUGUGAAGUAUGCCCACAUCAUCUAUUUUUAAGCACAGACGAUAUAGGCAGAAUUGGUAAAGGUCGAGCUGAAGUGCGUCCAAUUUUAUGUAGUCCUGAAGAUCAAGCAGCAUUAUGGAAAAAUAUGGAUAUAAUAGAUAUUUUUGCUACUGAUCAUGCGCCACACUCUGUAGAGGAAAAAAAUUCAGAAAAACCUCCACCUGGCUUUCCAGGUUUAGAAACUAUAUUACCUCUGCUCUUAAAUGCUGUUCAUGAAGGACGGUUGAGCAUGGAUGACUUAAUAAAUAAAUUUCAUAAAAAUCCCCGCAAAAUAUUUAAUUUACCAGAACAAGUUAAUACAUACGUAGAAGUGGAUAUGGACUAUGAAUGGAGUAUACCUGAAGCGUUAGAAUUUUCCAAAUCUAAGUGGACUCCAUUUGCGGGUAUGCGUGUAUGCGGAGCAAUUCAUCGCGUUACUUUACGAGGAGAGAUAGCAUACGUUGAAGGUCAAAUACUUGUACCUCCUGGUUUUGGUCAGAAUGUACGAGACUGGCCUAUGCCUAAAAAACAAUCAUUCCCUACUUUUGCAAUUGAGAAAAAUGAUAAAGAAAUAAGUAGACCAAGCUCUGCACUUGACCUACAUAAUUCUAUAGAAUUAAGUAGAUAUAGUGAUUUUGAAUUAGAUCAUGUUGAGACAAAUAAACCUGAAGGACAAAAUAAGCUCAACGUGCACUUUAACGAGCUUUCUGGCGUUAGAAGUGCUUCUCCAUUACUAUCGCAGCCACAAACAAGGCAAAGAUGCGACAGCUCUUCAUAUCCUACACAAACAACAGGAUCACAACGACAACGAAGCGAUCUUUUUGGGAAAAGUAUUUUGACAGUUGAUACUUUUAGUAAAGAAGUAUUAAAUGAUAUAUUUAAUUUAGCCCAAUUUAUGAAAACUAGUGUUACCAAGGGACGCGUUUUAGAUGAUAUAUUAAAAGGAAAGGUUAUGGCAUCAAUAUUUUACGAAGUUAGCACACGGACAAGUUGCAGUUUUGCUGCAGCCAUGCAACGGCUUGGAGGAUCCGUAAUUCAUACUGAUGCAACUAGCUCUUCAGCUAAAAAAGGGGAAACUUUAGAGGAUAGUGUAACUGUUAUGGCUAGCUAUGCUGACGUAGUUGUAUUACGCCAUCCUGAACCAGGAGCUGUAGCGCUCGCUUCACGCCAUUCAAGAAAACCAAUCAUAAAUGCAGGAGACGGAGUUGGCGAACAUCCCACGCAAGCACUUUUGGACAUUUUCACUAUACGUGAAGAGAUUGGUACUGUUAAUGGUCUCACUAUUACAAUGGUAGGAGACCUAAAAAAUGGUCGAACAGUUCAUUCAUUAGCACGAUUGUUGACGUUGUAUCAAGUGCAAUUACAAUAUGUUAGUCCACCAGGCCUUGGAAUGCCAAAACACAUUAUGGAGUACAUAGCACGCAAAGGAAUCCCGCAAAAAGUAUAUGAACGUUUAGAAGAUGUCUUAUCGGACACUCAUGUUUUGUAUAUGACUCGCAUUCAACGUGAACGAUUUGAAAGUCAAGAAGAAUAUGAACAGAUGCGUGGUUUGUUGGUAGUAACACCACAGCUAAUGACCCGAGCACGUCGUCGUAUGAUAGUGAUGCACCCACUACCACGGGUUGAUGAGAUCUCGCCAGAGUUUGAUUCAGACCCACGAGCUGCCUACUUUAGACAGGCCGAAUACGGCAUGUACGUUCGAAUGGCGCUACUCGCUAUGGUGGCUGGAGUAAAUCCAAUAAUG